AUGCCAAAGGCUUGGAAGAACAAGCCGAAGUCCAAGCGUCAGAAAACUGCUUCGCCGGCAUCCGCUCGUUCACGCUCCAGCCUAGCUUCUCACCGCUCGACGUCUCGGCCGCCUGCGCGUUCACCUUCGGCGGCCCACGCCAAAUCGCCCGCGAGUCACCCGAGAUCUCGUUCGCAUUCUGUGUCCAGUCGUCCGGCCAAGUCUAAGUCUCCCGCAUCUCCACCGUCCGCUCCUGCUACUCCUCCCAAGGCUGAGCCGUCGAAGGACGACCAACCUCCUGAGGUCGUGGACUUGACGAAAGAUGAGAGUGACGAGGACAUGGAGGAGGAACCAACUGCAGUUCCGACGGAGUCCGAAGACACGGAGGGUGACUCGCCCAGCUUCAACGACUCGUCCGGCAACUUCCCAGCGCAGUAA